AUGCUUCUCCACUCCAUCCUCAUCACCAUCGUAGUCACUCUGGCCACCGCCGCUCCCGCCACCGCUCCUGCCCCCGACUCCGGCAUCGUUGUCGCCAAGGAUCUAGGCUCUUCAGCGCCUGCCUCACGAAAGGUAGACAAGGAUGCGGAGACAGCUCCCCUCGAAGCGCGCACCACUGGGGCCUACUCGAUCUUUUGCUUCGACGGGCUCGACUGCACCGGUACCAAGUUGUUCGAGUGGAUAGACAACGCCAACAACAACAAGCCCGGAUCCGGAAGGUGGUAUCGGUUCCCUCAUUAUGGGGACCGACUUGUCAGCUGCCGCCUCGACGUUUGGAACGGCUGGACUGGCGAGUUCCACCUUCAAGAUGAAAGCGACCGAUACAUCUCGGGCCAGAACUACCCCAAGGGCUGGGGCCAGUACUGUGUCAACCAGUUGCCGUACAGCACCAAGGGUCCCGGCUACGUGAACAAGUUUCUGCUUGUAUGGCCUGCUUAG